ACAAAACUUCAAGCACUUUUUGAUGGGGUGUCCCAAACUUUGUCACAACGCAUUUCAAUGCCAAACGGUGGACGCUCCAGUAGAUCAAUGUCGUGAUUCGUGAACGACCACCCCCCGUUGAACUCCAACGCAUCAUUACCGUGAACGACCAAGGUUUGAAAGUUGAAACCCCCGCAUGACCGCACGGAGGAAACAAUCCAAUCUGAGCUCCCCCACAGCUAUACCGAGACGCAGCAACAGCAAAACAAUAGCAACUGCACAAGCCACGCCACGGCCGCAUCGUCAAAACGGCGCCCCAACGGAAAGCCAAGUCCCCCCGGCCCCCGCGCGUAUCAUAUCUCUGUCGGCACGGGCACGGAACGGCAUGCAGAGCUCCCGCCCCGCCACCGAAGACCGCGUCCGAGAAGGCAGCGCGACCGCAGCAGCGUCCCCCGCCCAGCCCGCGACCAUGUCCACGACGGCCGCCGCCGCCCGCACCAAGCGCUCGGCGUCCAUGCCCCACCCCCCCGCCGGCGGCGGCAAGGCCAGGGACCCCUCCUCGGCCCCGGCGGGCGGCGGGCGCGCGCGGCUCCGCGACGAGCAGCUCCGCCAGCUCCGGGAGCUCUUCCUCCGCUUCGACCUCGACCGCGACGGGAGCCUCACGAUGCUGGAGCUUGCGGCGCUGCUCCGCUCCCUGGGCCUCCGCCCGGCCGCCGGGGACGAGAUCCACGCGCUCAUCGCCGCCAUGGACGCCGACGGCAACGGCACCGUGGAGUUUGACGAGCUGGCGUCCUCCCUCGCGCCGCUGCUCCUGGGACCUUGCCGCCCCGCCGUGGCCGUCGACCAGGCGCAGCUCGCCGAGGCCUUCCGCGCCUUCGACCGCGACGGGAACGGCUUCAUCUCCGCCGCCGAGCUCGCGCGCUCCAUGGCGCGGAUGGGGCACCCCAUCUGCUACGACGAGCUCACCGACAUGAUGCGCGAGGCCGACACCGACGGCGACGGCGUCAUCAGCUUCCAGGAGUUCACCGCCAUCAUGGCCAAGUCCGCCGUCGACUUCCUCGGCCUCGCCGCCUUGUGACUCUCUCUCUCUCUCUCUCUCUCUCUCUCUCUCUCUCUCUCUCUCUCUCUCCCUCUCCACCGGUCGGUCGAUCCCGCCUCCCCCUGUUCGUGCGCCUCGUCCCUCUUCUUCUCCAUUUGUCAAUUGCUGAUGCGUUCACAUUCGAACUGGAUUGAAUUAGUCGUCUGUAUGAUGGUGUAAAUAUGAUGUGAUGUUGCUCGAUCUGGUGCACAUUCGAUUGGAACCUGUGGGUUCAUGAAAAGGGGAAGAAUUAUCUGACCAAAUUCAUCGUGCUUGAUAAGUUUGAUUCCAAGGGUAAUUGCAGUGUUUCGGUAAUUUGAACUUUGAAGGUACACAGAAAUAAACUAUAGAAUUUU